AUGGUUCAUCUUGCAUCUGUCGUUGCCAUCGGCCUGAGUGCUCUGACUGGCAUUGCGUCCGCUCACCCAGGGCACGAUGUCAGAGCCGAAGCUGCCGAGCGAGCUGCAAUCUUGCAAAGCGCCCCUGUUCACUCGCGCAGUCUUGCGCAGUGUGCCUCUCGUCUUCAGCGUCGAGGCCAUCAAAGCCGAAACGUUGCUCGUCGCCAUACUGCUGUGAAGAACAUUCGUCGCCACCUUGGGAUUCAGCGUACCGACCACUAUCUUAAAGCACGUAGCGCUGAUAAUGGCCUGGAUAUUUCGCAUCACUCCAACCUCACAGGAGUGGAUUAUUCCACCGACCCCGAGGUGCUGUUUGGCACUGAUGCAACCUGCAUUCUCGGACCUGAGGUUACUCAGGGACCUUACUAUGUCACGGGUGAACUGGUUCGUAAGAACAUCGCCGAGUCCCAGGGUGGUGUUCCUCUCUACAUGGACAUCCAGCUGAUCAACACCAACACCUGCGAACCUAUUCCGGAGAUCUACACGGACAUCUGGCACUGCAACUCGACUGGUGUCUAUUCCGGAGUCGUCGCGAAUGGAAACGGCAACUCGGGUGAUGAAACCAACCUUGACUCAACAUUCAACCGAGGUGUUCAGAAGAGUACCGAGGAUGGUGUCGUCCAGUUUCAAACAACCUUCCCAGGCCAUUACACUGGCCGUGCGACUCACAUCCAUGUUCUCACCCACCCGGCCAAUGAGACCAAGCUCCUCGCAAACGGAACAAUCUCCGGUCUGUAUACCACGCACUCGUCGCACGUUGGACAAAUCUUCUUCGACCAGGACCUCAUUUCUGCCGUUGAGGAGGUCACUCCGUACUCGACCAACACUCAGACCCUGACAACCAAUGCUGAAGACGGUAUUCUCGGCGAAGAGCUCGAUACUAUUGACCCAUUCAUGGAAUAUGUCUACCUGGGCGAUGAUGUUUCCGAUGGAAUCUUCGCUUGGAUCUCGCUUGGUCUUGACCCUACUCAGGACACGACUGUUACCCCUGCGGCCUACUAUACUGAGAAUGGUGGUGUUGAGAAUGAGAAUGCUGGUGGUGGUGGUGGUGGUUCCGGUGGCCCCGGUGGUCCUCCAAGCGGUUUCCCGACUGCCUCAGCCACU